CAUUUUUUCAAAAGCACACCUGUUUUCUGACUAAAUAUUUUGUUUACAUUGAGCUACACCUCUAAGAGUCCUGAGGUGGAGGAUCAUGUCUCAGAAAUGAGUUACUCUGAGGAGUGUAAGGAGAGGGAAACUUUCUCAAAAAUGAGUCUGAACAGAGAACCGGAGACAUGUGAUUCAGUAGAUCAACAAGGAGACUUAUCCACCACUUUCAAGUUAAUUGAAGAUCAUGCUGUGAGGUUCUUGAAAGAUGAGUUGCGCAAGUUCAAGCGAUAUCUGAGUCAGGAUUACCCAACAUGCCUGGAACUGCAAACUGAUGAUGUGCUGGACAGUGAAGCUAAGAUCCAAAAAAGCUAUGGCAGAGAGGGGGCUCUGAAGAUUACACUGUAUAUCCUGAGGACCAUGAACCAGAAAGACCUUGCAGACAGACUGGAGAAGAAUGAACUCGAGAUGUUACGUUAUCAUAAAUUUAGAUCCUGUCUGAAGAAAAAAUUUGAGUAUGUGUUUGAAGAAGAAGCAAAGCAGGGACAAGUUCUGCCCAGUGAUAUUUACGCAGAUCUCUACAUCACUAAAGGUGGAACUGGAACAAUCAGUUCUGAACAUAAAGUGAGAUUCAUUCAAACAGUCACAAAGAGUCCAGCAAUACAAGACAUUUCAAUUAAAUGCAGUGACGUUUUUAAACCCUUACCUGGAGAAACUACACCUACGAGAACUGUGCUGACAAAAGGGGUUGCAGGAAUUGGAAAAACUGUGUCUGUGCACAAAUUUAUUCUUGACUGGGCAGAAGGAAAAGCUAAUAAAGAUAUUCAUUUCAUAUUUCCUUUUCCUUUCCUGGACUUGAAUCUGAUGAAGGCUAAAGAAUACAGUCUGAUAGAACUCAUUCACCACUUUGUCCCAGAACUGAAAGAGUUUGGGUCAGCUGAGCUUGAAAGGUAUAAAAUCUUGUUUAUAUUUGAUGGUCUGGACGAGAGUCGACUUCCUCUAGAUUUCCAGAACAAUGAAAGCUGUUUUGAUGUAACAAAGACAACGUCUUUGGACGUGUUGUUGACAAACCUCAUUAAGGGAAAUCUGCUUCCUUCUGCGCUCAUCUGGAUCACCUCCAGGCCAGCAGCAGCAAGACAGAUCCCUCCUGAGUGUGUCCACCAGGUGACAGAGAUACGAGGGUUCAAUGAUUUUCAGAAGGAAGAGUACUUCAGGAAGAGAUUUUCUGAUCAGACCCUGGUGGACAAAAUUGUCACACAUGUUAAGUCAGCAAGGAGUCUCUACAUCAUGUGUCAUAUACCUUUCAUCUGCUGGAUUUCAUCCACUGUUCUUGAGCAGCUGUUUGGUAAAGUGGAGAAAAGAAAUAAAAAAGAAAUCCCCAAAACUCUGACUCAGAUGUACACACAUUUCCUGAUAUCAUUUUUUAGAUUUGACUGGAAGAAGUAUCAGAAAAAACAAGUAACAACGAUUUUAGAAUCAGACAGAGAAUUCCUUCUUAAGUUGGGAAAACUGGCUUUUAGAAACCUUGAGUCUGGCAAUCUCAUAUUUUAUGAGGAAGAUCUAAAGGACUGCAGCAUUGAAAUUAAUGAAGCUUCAGUGUACGCUGGAAUGUGUACUGAAAUCUUCAGAAAGGAAACACGAUUAUACCAGAGAAACAUUUACUACUUUGUACAUCUGAGCAUUCAGGAAUAUCUUGCUGCUUUGUAUUCAGUGUUAUUACACAAAGACAAGAAAUCCAGCUUUACUAAACGGAAAGCUGCACAUAAAGAAAUCUGGUCUGACUUUCUAAAAGAUGCUGUGGAUCAGGCCUUACAGAACAAGAAUGGACACACUGACAUCUACCUUCAGUUCCUUCUUGGCUUUUCAGUGGAUUCCAAUCAGAGUCUGUUACAGGGGCUACUGGGAAAAAGAAAAAUAAGUUCACUCAAUACUGAAAAAACAGUGCAUUACAUCAAGGAGAAGAUCAGGGAGAAUCUUUCUCCAGAGAGAACCAUCAAUCUGUUCCACUGUCUUAAUGAACUGAAUGACAACUCUUUAAAGGAGGCUGUCCAAGGUUACCUGAACUCAGGAAAUAUUUCAGACGAAGACCUCACACCUACACAGUGGUCAGCUCUGGGUCAUAUACUACUGAUGUCAGACAAGGAAAUAGAUAUGUUUGACCUUAAGAAAUACAUACAAUCAGAUGAAGAUCUUCUGAGGCUGCUGCCACUGGUCAAGGUCUCCAGAACAGCUCUGUUGAAGCAUUGUGAAAUCACAGAGAGAUGCUGUGAAGCUCUAGCCUCAGUUUUCAGCUCAAACUCAUCACAUCUAAGAGAGUUGGACCUUAGUGACAAUGACCUGCAGGAUUCAGGAGUGAAGAUACUCUCUGCAGGACUGGGAAACAAACACUGUAAACUGGAAAUACUGAGACUGUCUGGCUGUUGUGUCACAGAGAGAGGCUGUGCUUGUUUAGCUUCAGCUCUGUGUUCAAACCCCUCAUACUUGAGAGAGCUGGAUCUGAGCUACAAUCACCCAGGGGACUCAGGAUUGAAGCUGCUCUAUGAUCUACUGGAGGAUCCAAAUCGUAAACUGGAGACACUGUGUGUGGACUAUGAUGGAGAGUGCAGGAUCAGACCAGGACCACGGAAGUACUUCUGCCAGCUCACACUGGACCCUAACACAGCACACCAAGAAUUGCAUCUGUCUGAGGGGAAAAGGAAGGUGACAUGUAGGUGGAAUGAGUUUCAGCCAUACCCUGAUCAUCAAGAUAGAUUUGAAUGUUGGUACCAGGUUCUGUGCGCAGAGGGUCUGUCUGGUCGCUGUUACUGGGAGAUUCAAUGGAAAGGAAAAGGGGCUGUAAUUGGAGUGACUUAUAAAGGAAUUAGGAGGAAAGGAGACAGUGAUGAUUGUGGACUUGGAUUCAAUGACAAGUCCUGGAGCCUACGCUGCUCUAAUGAGAGUUACUCUGUCAGACAUAAUAAGAAACAGACUGACAUCCCUACACCCCCCACCCCCAGAGUAGGAGUGUAUUUGGACUGGGCAGCUGGCAAUCUGUCCUUCUACAGUGUAUCCUCUGGUGAACUGACCCUCCUGUACAAGUUCACCUCCACAUUCACAGAGCCCCUCUGCCCUGGGUUUUGGGUUUGGCACAAGUCGUCCGUAUCCCUCUGCAAGCUGAGAUAG